AUGACAAAAGAACAAAGUCAGGACUAUUGUUGUUGUGGACUCUUCCAUAAGCAUGUAAGUACUUUUAUUGUUGUGGUAUUUGCAAUUUUUUAUUAUGUAAGGAAAGUUCUUGCCAUUUUAUGUUCUGUAAAGAAAGUUCUUGCCAUUUUAUGUUCUGUAAAGAAAGUUCUUGCCAUUUUAUGUUCUGUAAAGAAAGUUCUUGCCAUUUUAUGUUCUGUAAAGAAAGUUCUUGCCAUUUUAUGUUCUGUAAAGAAAGUUCUUGCCAUUUUUUGCUUUGUAAAGAAAGGUCUUGUCAUUUUAAUCUUUGUAAACAAAGUUUUUGCUUCAAAAUUAAAGUUUAAAACAUUUCAGACCCUCGCAUUCGUAGCCGGUGUUUUUCUGUCAGUUUCGUAUGGAAUCGCUUUGGCCCGUCGUAUCUACACCGCCUCGACCACACCCAAUGUCCUGGACACUAUUAUCAUCCUGGCCGCUGGGAUCGGCUUCAUCGUGCACGUCAUGAUGGUGAUUGGCAACAGGAAUCGCAGCAAGGGCUUCUACUGGCCUGCCAUUGUUUUUAAUGUAGGUUUUUGAAUUUUAUGCAGAUUUAUUAUGUUAACGUUGCAAAAAAAGUCUUGUCGCCAAAGUACUAUGUUUUCAAGGAUAAAAACGACAAAACUUUUUAUUGUUUUUUUAAUUAAAAGGCAAAUUCUUUACUGUUUUUUAAAUUCAUUUUUUUUACUGUUUUUAAAAUCAUUUUUAAUGUACAGUAGAUACAUAAAAUCAAUUUACAGAACCAUCAAAGUCCAUUCCACAGUACUAUCACUGUUUUUUCUCAAAAAAUCUCUUUCAAAACCCCAAAAAUCAAAGUUUUCGGCGUUUCCUAACAAAAUCUGACAUUCUGAUCAAUAAAAACCAAAGUAAACUCAUCUAUAAACAGUCAACAUGAUCAUACGCCGUUAAAUUCAUGAUCAUACGACGUUAAAACCCGCGAAUUCGGGUUAAAACUCACCGAUAUAUUGGGUUUGUGGCGGGACGACCCCCUCCGCUCGCACUCGGUUCGCUUUGGAAGAGGCGAGAGAGCGUGGCGAAGUGGCCGAGUGGUCUAAGGCGCUGGUUUUAGGCACCAGUCUCUUCGGGGGCGUGGGUUCGAAUCCCACCUUCGUCAAAUCCUUUUGUCGAAGUUUGUAGGUGGCUUUUGAUGAAAUUAAUGUUAUUUUCGAUGCUUUUUGAAAGUAAAAAAUAUGGAAAUAAAUUUUUGAUUAAAAAUGAAUGUUUUUCAAUUGUUUUUAUAAAUUUAUUUAACUUUUUUAAGCUUUAAAAUGAAAAAAAAGCUUUUUAGCAAAAAAAAAAAGUUUAUUCUGCUGCGGUCAUUUUGUAAACAAAGUUUUUUCUAUUUUUUAUUUUACAAAAAAAUUUAAAUUAAUCUUGUUUAUUACUUCAUAGUUAAAAAUGGUUAAAAAUAUGAAUAACAAAGGGACUACGAAAGUCUUGUCGUUAAUCUUAAUGUAUUCGCAAUGUAAAAAACGACAAAACUUUUUUUUGGCGAUUUAAUAAUAAAUUUUUGACUAAAAAAUUAUAAAAAUGGUAUUUUUAAACAAAUUCUUCAAACUUCAAAAAAAAAUUUUUUUGAAUUUUUAAUUUAAAAAAAAUUAUAUGAUUUUAGGUGAUCUGGUGCCUUGACCAAGCCCGUGCCGCCUUCUUCCACAUCAACUUUAUCGUGAGUGUAUUGAGAAACGCCGAGGACUUUUACAAGGCCGCCCGCGUGCCCCAUACCUACGAAAAGUUCAUUAGUUUGGUCAUCCUGGACCUGUUCACCACGAUUGGCGGUGUUAUUGUAGCUCUGGGCUUCUUCUACAUUAUUGUGGCCGGCUAUCGUUACUUGUCUCGUGAGCAGAAUGCGGCCAAGGUGGUGCAGGUUGAGAACCCGGUGUACAGUAAUGGCCCGGAGAAGUCGCCCAUCACUAACUAUAUCUAA